UGCACAUGGGCUGCAGCUCUAUAUCCCGCUGAGUACUUUACAUUAUCAUGUUGUUGAGGCUCGCGUGGCAGCGCGCGCCCUGCAGCAGGACUAGCCCAGCAGCACUAGCGCGUCCCGGGACAGUUACAGCGGCUUUUCUGGACUGGAGACCCCGACAGCCCGGUGCUGUUUCAGCGCGGUGUUUCAGGCUUCGGUCCCGUCCCUCUCCUUCACACAGAGCGGCGUGUGUCCUCCUCUGCUCGGCCUACCCCCGAAGCUCAGUGUGGUUCAGGAUGGCCUCAGGAGGUGAAGAGUCCUCUCACAGACACACUAACAGACUGUUAAAGGAGCGCUCUCCGUACCUGCUGCAGCACGCACACAACCCGGUCGACUGGUAUCCAUGGGGACAAGAAGCAUUCGACAAAGCCAAGGCUGAGGACAAACCCAUCUUUUUAUCAGUGGGCUACUCCACGUGUCACUGGUGCCACGUGAUGGAGAGAGAAUCCUUUGAAGACGAGGAAAUCGGUCAAAUUCUCAGCGACAACUUUGUGUGCAUCAAAGUGGACAGAGAGGAGCGGCCGGACGUGGACAAAGUCUACAUGACGUUUGUGCAGGCGACCAGUGGAGGAGGGGGGUGGCCUAUGAGUGUGUGGUUGACUCCUGAGCUCAAACCGUUCAUUGGAGGGACCUACUUUCCUCCCAGAGACCAUGCACGAAGACCCGGCCUCAAAACGGUUCUCAGCAGAAUACUGGAGCAGUGGCAGAAUAACCGCGGUGCUCUGGAGUCCAGUGGAGAGAGGAUCCUGUCCGCUCUGAGACAGGGCACAGCUGUGAGUGCAGAGUCUGGGGGUAGUGUCCCCUUAGCCCCCGACGUGGCCCAGCGCUGUUUCCAGCAGCUGGCACAGUCCUACGAGGAGGAGUACGGAGGCUUUAGAGACGCACCCAAGUUCCCCACUCCAGUAAACCUGAUGUUCCUGAUGACGUUCUGGUGUGAGAACCGCUCCAGCUCUGAGGGGGUGGAGGCUCUGCAGAUGGCUCUCCACACACUGAGGAUGAUGGCACUGGGGGGCAUCCAUGACCACAUAGCACAGGGUUUCCAUCGUUACUCCACAGACUCUUCGUGGCACGUUCCUCACUUUGAGAAGAUGUUGUACGACCAGGCUCAGCUGGCUGUGGCCUACAUCACUGCCUCUCAGGUUUCAGGAGAGCCCUUCUUCGCAGAUGUGGCCCGGGAUAUACUCCAGUACGUCUCCAGGGACCUGAGCGAUAAGUCUGGGGGCUUCUACAGCGCAGAGGAUGCAGACUCUGUCCCGGCGUCGGGGGGAGCGGAGAAGCGUGAGGGGGCCUUCUGCGUCUGGACCGCCUCGGAGGUGCGGGAGCUGCUGUCCGAGGUGGUGGAGGGCGCUACCGGAUCCGCGUCGCUAGCGGACAUCUUUAUGCACCACUACGGGGUCAAAGAGCAGGGGAACGUAGCACCAGAACAGGACCCCCACGGGGAGCUGCAGGGACAGAAUGUGCUGAUCGUGCGCUACUCGCAAGAGCUAACGGCCGCUCACUUCGGCAUCAGCGUCAAAAGACUCAACGAGCUACUGGCCACGGCUCGAGCCAAGAUGGCAGACGUGAGGAAGAGCAGGCCACGCCCACACCUGGACACGAAGAUGCUGGCCUCCUGGAAUGGUCUAAUGCUGUCAGCUUAUGCAAGAGUGGGAUCAGUUUUCGGGGACAAGGACCUGCUGGAGAGAGCGGUGCAGGCCGGGAACUUCCUGAAGGAGCAUCUGUGGGACCCUGACAGGCAGAUGAUGCUCAGAUCGUGUUACCGUGGCGACCAGAUGGAGGUGGAGCAAAUUUCCCCUCCCAUCGCGGGCUUCCUGGACGACUACGCCUUCGUGAUCGGCGGGCUGCUGGACUUGUACGAGGCUACCUUCGAGACAAAAUGGCUGCAGUGGGCCGAGGAGCUGCAGCUGAGACAGGACGCGCUCUUCUGGGAUGCUCAGGGGUCUGGCUACUUCUGCAGUGACCCCCACGACCCCACUGUCCUGCUCCAGCUCAAAGAGGACCAAGAUGGUGCGGAGCCCAGUGCCAACUCCGUGUCAGCGUCUAACCUGCUGCGUCUGUCCCAGUCCACGGGCCGCGGGGAGUGGGUGCACAAAUGCAACCAGCUGCUCACCGCCUUCUCCAAACGCCUCUCCUCCGUGCCCAUCGUUCUGCCCGAGAUGGUGCGCGCCCUCAUGGCUCAGCACUGCACUCUCAAACAGAUUGUGAUCUGCGGACAAAAGGAUGCGCCCGAUACUGCCAGCCUGGUAGCAGCGGUCAACUCGCUGUUCUUGCCUCAUAAAGUCCUGAUGCUGUGCGAUGGCGUCUCGGACUCCUUCCUCCGGACACGUCUCCCAGCCCUGUCCUCCAUGUCCCCCGCAGAGGACACGGGGACGGCCAGAGCCUACGUGUGCCAGGACUUCAGCUGCUCCCUGCCCCUCGCGGACCCUCAGGAGCUCCGCACUCUGCUCCUGGACGGGACCCUCCCCCAGCAAGCAUGAACAGACUGACAAUGAGCUCCACAUACACUCGUUUUUAUUAGAGUUGAUCCGAUACCGAUACUGUUAUCUGGAAAAG